AUAUGAUGUUGGGAAAUUUGGAUGUAUAAAUAUGCAGAACAACAACUAGCCAGUUGGCUGCAUAAAAUCUUGAGGAGACCUACAUCAUAUAAAAGCAUGUAGGAUAAGGAAAAUAUGGGUGAUUUAAUACUCUAUUAAGUAGAUAGGUCUUUAAGGCUUAAAACAAAUAAAAUAAGUAGAUUGUUGCCUUAAAAAAAAUAAAGCAAGAGAUUGAGGCGAAUGGAGUAAUAGUAUAUAAAUAAUUAGUUUCCACGAACUGCAAUGAGAGAAAUUCAAUUACUUUCAUCAUUAAAGCAUGAAAAUAUAGUGAGAUUUAAGGAAGUUGUCGUAUAAUCUAGUAAGGAAAAAGAAGUAAUUAUGGUAGAGAAUACUUAUUUGGUACUGGAAUACAUGGACACAGAUUUGCAUAAUGUUUUGUAGAGCCGAAUAGUUUUUAGUUUAGAUUAAGUUCGAUGUUUGAUGUUAUAAAUACUUGAAGCUCUAUGUUAUUUGCAUUCUUAGAAUAUAUACCAUAGAGAUUUGAAGCGUAUCCACAACUAUAUUUUAAAGCUAAUAAUAUACUAUAUAACGAUAAGGGAUAAGUAAAGAUUUGCGAUUUUGGAAUGGCCAAUGAAUUUUCAAAAAAGAGACCAUAAACUAAGAGAAUAUUAGUUCCCCAAUACAGAGCUCCUGAAAUAUAUUUGGGCCAUGUAUUUUGGUUUGUAUUUAACAAGAAUAGCAGUACGAUUGUUCGGUUGAUAUGUGGUCAGCUGGCAUCCUCUUUCUUGAGCUUAUUGUAAAGUAGAGUCCAUUUAUGUUGGCAAAAUCUGAAUCUCAAUGUUUUUCUAAAAUUAUUGAUCUUUGUGGAACUCCAUUGGAAGGUUAGAAUUUUAUUUUUUCUUUUAUGGUGAUUGGUAAGGAGUGAGUUCACUUCCACAUUACCAUGACUUUAUAAAUGGACCCAAAGAAAGAACAUUGAGAAAGUACUUGCACGCUAAUUAAGUUCCCUCGUCUUAACUUAUCGAUCUUGUUGAUAAAAUGUUAAUUUUGAAUCCAGCUAAGAGAAUUACUGCCAAAGAAGCAUUAAAACACUAAUAUUUUCAAACCAGAAUCUUUAUAAAGUGAUUUAUUAUAUCCUUAAACCAGAAUGCCCAGAAUAGAAUAGGAUUCAUAGCCACCAAAAGAUCCUCCAAUUUAAAAGAAAGUUAAACAAGAGCAACAAUAACCUUUAAUUUAAGGUCUCAAAAUUAAUAAAUGUAUAUGA